AUGGCUUUGUGUAGCAAGUUUUUAGCUUUGUUUCUUAUACACAUUUGCUUGCUUUUGAGCUUGUGUUUAGCUGCGGAUCCUUUUGUUAGCUAUGACUUUGAGGUCUCUUACAUCACUGCGUCUCCUCUCGGUGUGCCUCAAGAGGUUAUUGCUAUAAAUGGAAAGUUUCCUGGUCCUACUAUCAAUGUGACCACUAACAACAAUGUUGCUAUCAAUGUCAAGAACAAAUUGGAUGAGAAUCUCCUUAUGCAUUGGUCUGGAAUUCAACAAAGGAGAAGUUCAUGGCAAGAUGGGGUUCUUGGUACUAACUGUCCCAUUCCUCCAAAGUGGAACUGGACUUACCAGUUUCAGGUUAAAGAUCAGAUAGGGAGUUUCUUUUACUUCCCUUCUCUCCAUAUGCAGAGAGCUUCUGGUGGAUUUGGGAGCUUUCUUAUAAACAACCGGGCUAUUAUUCCAAUUCCUUUUGAUACUCCACAUGGGGACAUUGUCAUCUUGAUUGGUGAUUGGUACAAAAGGAACCACACGGCUUUGAGGAAGGCUCUUGAUGCUGGGAAAGAUCUAGGGAUGCCAGAUGGGGUUCUUAUUAAUGGCAAAGGCCCUUACCAAUAUAACACAACACUUGUCCCUGAUGGCAUUGACUAUGAAACCAUUGAAGUUCAACCAGGGAAAACCUAUCGCAUCCGUGUGCACAAUGUUGGAACUUCAACAAGUUUGAAUUUCCGGAUGCAGAACCACAAUCUGCUUUUAGCUGAGUCAGAGGGAUCAUAUACAGUGCAACAAAAUUAUACUAGCUUAGAUAUACAUGUAGGACAAUCUUAUUCUUUUUUGGUGACCAUGGAUCAGAACGCAAGUACUGAUUACUACAUUGUAGCUAGCGCAAGGUUUGUGAAUGAAUCGCAGUGGAAAAGGGUUACUGGUGUUGCAAUAUUGCACUACACAAAUUCCAAAGGGAAGGCAGAGGGUCCCCUUCCAGAUGCACCUGAUGAUGAGUAUGAUAAAACCUUCUCAAUGAACCAAGCAAGAUCCAUCAGAUGGAAUGUUUCUGCUAGUGGAGCACGUCCCAACCCACAAGGAUCAUUCAGAUAUGGCUCAAUCAAUGUGACCGAUGUUUAUGUGUUGAAAAAUAAGCCACUGGUAACAAUUAAUGGGAAAAGACGAGCGACUCUCAGUGGGAUAUCAUUUGUCAAUCCUGCUACUCCAAUCAGGCUUGCAGACCAGUUCAAAGUGAAGGGAGUGUAUAAGCUUGAUUUCCCCAGCAAGCCCCUUACAGGACCACCUAAAAUGGAAACAUCAGUGAUUAAUGGAACAUUCAGGGGAUUUAUGGAAAUAAUCUUGCAGAACAAUGACACCAAGAUGCAGAGCUAUCACCUGAAUGGAUAUGCAGUUUUCGUUGUGGGGAUGGAUUAUGGUGACUGGACAGAGAACAGCAGAGGCACAUAUAAUAAGUGGGAUGGCAUUGCACGCUCCACAGUCCAGGUUUAUCCUGGAGCAUGGACAGCAAUUUUGGUAUCACUUGACAAUGUUGGAGUCUGGAACAUCAGAACAGAAAACCUUGACUCCUGGUAUCUUGGCCAGGAAACGUAUGUCAGAAUUGUCAAUCCAGAGGAGACUAACAAAACCGAACUGCCCAUUCCAGACAACGCCCUCUUUUGUGGUGCACUUAGCAAAUUGCAGAAGCCAGAAGAUAUUUCUCCCGCAGUAUCAAUCACAAGUAACAGAUCAAAGCUGUUCUUCGCGCUGCUAAUGGCUGUCUGUGCUUUGAUGUCUGUUUUUGGUUGA